AUGAGACCCCAAAAGUUUCCUAUACGUCGAGGCAGAGCUAGAGAACGUGAAACUCCACUGGUUUUUGAAGGUGAUGAAACAGGGCCGAGUGCAAAUGAUGGAGAUGAGCGUGAACUCAUACCUGGUGAUGAUUGUGAGGCUAUUGCUGAUGAUCCUGCUGAUGAACUCGAAGAAGAAACGAACGAGGUUGAAGAAGAAGAAGAAGAAAGGAAUGAGGAAGAAGUAGAUGUCAGAAUUGAUGAAGAAGUUUGUGAGGUUUUAUCAUCACACUUUGGAGAUGUUGCAAGGAAUGAUGGAGAAGAUAACGAUGACAGUGGAGAAGAGGAUUGCUGGACAGAGGUUAAUAUACCUGACCCUAUAUCAUCUUAUGAUGAGGAAGAAGAUGCGCGACGGGAAGCUCGUGAGGAUGCAGCAUCAGCUGAUGAGGUUUUAUUCUUGGGAAAGACGUUUUCAUCUGCAUCUGAGUUCAAACAAGCUCUUCUUAGGUAUUCUCUGAAAACAAGAUAUGAUAUUAAGCUCUACAUAUCAACACAAAUGAAGCUUGGUGCUGUUUGUUCUGACACUGAAUAUGAUUGCCCUUGGAGAGUGUAUUGCUCGUAUGAGAGGAGGAAACAUAAACUGCAAAUAAAGGUUUAUGUAAAUGAACAUGCUUGUGUACGUUCCGGUUCCUCGAAGAUGUUGAAGACUUCAUCAAUUGCGCUGCUGUUUACGGAAAGGUUAAGGUUGAAUCCUAAGCUCACAGCUAAGGAAAUUUGUGAAGAGAUCAAGAGAACCUACAACUUGACUGUUACUGAAGAGCAAUGUCGAAAAGCUAAAACUAAAAUCACAAGGGAAAGGAGAGCCGGCCAUGAAACACACUUUUCCAGAAUCUGGGAUUAUGAAGCAGAGCUUCGUAAGACUAAUCCGGGCACUAUAACAGAGAUAAUGACCAUUCCCGGACCAACACCAAGAAGUAAGCAAAGGUUUGAUCGCAUCUACAUCUGUUUUGAAGCACAACGUGCAGCUUGGAAGUCGACUUGUAGACCGAUUAUAGGACUGGAUGGUGCAUUUCUGAAAUGGGAUGUGAAAGGCCAAUUGAUCGCUGCAGUUGGAAGAGAUGGAGAUAACAGAAUUGUACCUAUUGCUUGGGCAGUUGUGGAGAUUGAAAAUGACAUUAACUGGGCAUGGUUUGUGAAUCACUUGAAAAUGGAUUUAGAACUCGGUGAUGGGAGCAACUUCAGAUUCAUAUCUGAUAAGCAAAAGGGUUUGGUGAAAGCUGUUCAACUUGAACUUCCUAACGCAGAACAUCGCAUGUGUGCAAGACACAUCCUAGGAAACUGGAAGAGGGACAGCCACGACCCACAGCUAGAGAAACUAUUCUGGAAAAUAGCCCGCAGCUACACCUUAGGAGACUUUAGAGAACAUAUGAAUGAACUGAAGAGCUACAAUCAACUGGCGCAUCAAACUCUACAAGCUACCAGUCCGCAUACAUGGUCUCGAGCUUAUUUUAAGGUUGGUUCAUGUUGUAAUGAUAAUUUGAACAACUUUAAUGAAUCUUUUAACAAAACCAUACGUGAGGCUAGGAGAAAACCACUACUUGAAAUGCUAGAGGAUAUAAGGCGCCAAUGUAUGGUACGUACAGCAAAAAGAUCCAUCAUUGCUAAUAGGUUGAAGACUAGAUUCACAAAAAGAGCACAUGUUGCGAUAGAAACUGCUAUAGAGAAGACUCAAGAUUGUAUUAGAUACAUGGCUACAGGUGAUGUCUACGAAAUUCACUAUCACAACUGUUCGUAUAGCGUUGAUAUGGGUUUGAAAUCAUGUGGUUGUGGGAUGUGGCAACUGAAUGGAAUCCCUUGUAACCAUGCUGCUUGUAUGAUCCUUGCAAAGAAGCAUAAAGUAGAUGACUAUGUUUCUAAUUAUUACACAACCAUAAGAUGGAGGAAAACUUAUGAGUGUAGUAUUAGGCCAGUGGAAGGGAUGAAACUGUGGCCUAUGCUGAACAGGUUGCCGGUCUUGCCUCCACCAGAUAGGCUAGGUAACAGAGGAAGACCAAGUACAUAUGCAAGGCGAAAAAUUGCAAAUGAAGCAUCUUCUUCCUCUAGUAAAACCAAGCUAAACCGAGUGAAGCGUGUCAUGACAUGCUCUAACUGCAGAGAAGAAGGACAUACCAAGGAAGGAGGAUCACAAGGCUUUUCACAAAGUGAAUCACAUGUUGGCUCACAAGGUCGAUGA